AUGCCAACUGAGAGCAGAUACCAAGGCAUCUGGGACUUGCUGAACUCAUAUGAAAUUCGAGAUGUCAAAUCGCACGCUGAAAAGUGGACAUUUCAACAUGAUAUCCUAGGCUGUCUGCCGUUGGAGCUUGCAGGCCGUGUGGCGCAGCAUCUUGACCCGACAGACCUGUUUAUUCUUCGACGUGUCUCAAGACGUUGGAAUACCAUCCUCUCACAGAGAUAUGUGCUUUCUUCGUUUAUCCAUGCAAGGAUCCGACCACUUCAAAGGACGAUGCCAGUUCAGGACCUCGAGGACAUCAUCCAGACACGAUGGCGGCUCGAAACUGGCAAUCCUCUGGCAGAGAGAAGAUUUCCAAUAUCCACGCCCUUCCAAUUCAGUGAGAGCAAGUAUUGUUCCGGGUGGCUCGCCUUCUUUCCGGAGGAUCUCACAGAUCGCAACCAGCAAGUGGCAUGUGUGGAAAUACAGACUGGUGUAGUCAAAUAUUUCACAACGGACAACCGUGUGGAGCUGUAUGACAUUCAACUGACAGAUUUAUUGGUCUCGGCUGUCACAUCUAACGGGUACUGCUAUGUUUGGAACUACCGCCACCAUUUUUCGAAUGCGUGUAAUAUUGUCUUCGAAUAUGAAUCCACCAGCACAGUGGUUUUCUUUUGUUUUACCUCUGGUCGUGCUCGAACUAUCGACGUUGGGGCUAAGAUUCUGGCGUUGAAUCCAGCCAAGUCUUCCGAAAGUCAUUGCUCUACAUUCACCAUUCUCACCAUUGAACGAAAAGAUGGCCAGAAUAUCACUUCCUUCGAUAUCUCGCAAGAAGAACGGGGAGAAUAUCAGUUGCAGGUCAGGGUCAACCAGGGUGAGUCUACUAUGGCCGAAUGCCCUGUGUCGCAAACACAGGGCCUCCUAUCUCUCUUGUCGCCCUGGAUAGAAAGUCAUGGAGAUCAGUUGCAUACUGGUUCUAUUGUGGCAAGUGGAUCCAAAGUCUUUUCUGGGCAAAGAUCUAGCUACCUGCGAUUCAAUGGGCUGGUGAUCCAUUUCUCUCUGGGUCAUAGUGCUGGAAUCACUAUGCACUUCGUCCCAAGAAUUCCUCAUGAACUACCGUCAAUUCAUAUAUCUCACGGCCUGAUGUAUCUCAUUCGGAGGCGAUUCAGGGACUGUCUCGAGAUCUUUAUUGCCUCGGGUUUGAUGAUAUCUGACAUGCCAUCGGGGAUUACUGCGUACGACCUCACAACUCGUCCUGCAAAUAUGGUUGGAAAAGACAGACGGUACAUUUGCGAGGUUCAAGGAGAUGAUUCCUAUAUCCUCUUGAAUACAGAUUAUGGUGUCCGUGUCUGGAGUUUUGGGGAGCUAUUACUUGAUAGUUCUUAA